GCAUGUCGGUGUUACGGCCGCUGGACAGGCUGCCUGGCCUGAACACGGCCACCAUCUUGCUGGUGGGCACGGAGGAUGCUCUUCUGCAGCAACUGGCCGAUUCGAUGCUCAAGGCGGACUGCACCUCAGAGCUGAAGGUCCACUUAGCAAGGUCCCUCCCUCUGCCCUGCAGCGUGAAUCGGCCCCGGAUUGACUUGAUUGUGUUCGUGGUCAACCUGCACAGCAAACACAGCCUGCAGAGCGUGGAGGAGUCCCUGUGCCACCUGGACGCGGCCUUCUUCCUGGGGAAGGUGGCCUUCCUCGCCACGGGGGCUGGGCGGGACAGUCACUGCAGCAUCCACCGGAACACCGUGGUGAAGCUGGCCCACACCUACCGGAGCCCCCUGCUCUUCUGUGACCUAGAGAUAGAAGACUUCCGCGCCGCCAUGGCGCAGCGCCUGGUCCGCCUGCUGCAGAUCUGCGCAGGCCACGUGCCCGGCGUCUCGGCCCUGAACCUGCUGUCCCUGCUGAGGGGCUCCGAGAACCCCUCCCUGGAGGACCUGUGA